AUGAUUGGGGCAAACAAAAUGGCCCUGUGGGUCUUGACGGGCAUGUCGGCUGUCACCACGGUCUUCUUUAAUCUCUACAUCUUCCUGAUGAGCGUGUUGAACUCCAAGCAGAAGAAGCACUGGAGCCCCAGCGAGAGCAUCAUCGUGGCUUUGUCUUUGGCAAACAUCACUCAUCAGCUUGUCUGCUACUUCUGGAUGACCAUGGACGAGGUGGACAGCAAGUGUCACAUCGCUCAGAUGCCCUACGCCGUCAUGCUGGUCAUCACCUUCAGUCUCAAGUUCACCAUCAUGUGGGACAGCAGCUUCCUGACUUUCUACUACAGCACCAAGCUGGUGAGCACGCCCAACCAGUGCUACGCACACAUCCAAGCCGCCAUCAUCAAGCAUGUGACACUUGCUGUGUUCCUCAUCCCUCUGAGUGGCCUGGGGACCUGCAUGCCCAUGCUGGUGGUCUUCCACACCGUCAAUGACACCAGGGAAGGCAAAGACUGCGGGGUCUUAAUGCCCGACACAAAGCCUGGAAAGAUUUACGAGGCCUUCUAUCUGAUCCUUGCAGAUGUGCUGCCGGGGAUGUUCAUGGUAAAAUGUUGCAUUUCCAUUAGCGUGCACCUGGCGGUGCAUCUCUACCGCAUGAAGGCCAGCACCAACGGCGCUCAUGUCCCCAAAUUGGGCACUCAGAUGAGGGUGAUCCAAAUGGCUCUCUCCCUGGUGGCCGUCUUCCUCCUCUUCCUCAUGGUCGACCUGUAUGUGAACUACCAAAUAGCCGUGCAUCACGAGAACGCCAUCACGCUGACGUUAUUCUUCACAUCCAUCUAUACCACGGUUUCUGCCAUGGUGCUGAUCUAUGGGAAAAAAACACUUUGGAAAGCUCUGAUCCACGAUUUUAACAUCUGCAUGGAUGUGUAUCCAUGUUUGACAUGUCUGAAGGUGCCUGAGCAGAAACACCAAUCCGCUCCCAGUCCCGCAAGGAUCAAGAAUUGAAGGACCAGUUUAUUAGUCGCAAUUUUUUUCACUAUAAUCCAGUGAUUCCCCGACACUCCAGCCAACAUCACCCAAGUCGUUGGAAAUUAUUUUAUUUAUGACAAAUAAUGUGUUUGUUUAUCCAUCUAUGCCGGCAUUGUAUAGUGACAAUCAGAAUAAUUAAAACAAACAAAAAAAUUUUUUACACUAGCAUGCAGAG